UGAAGCGGCGGUGCAAGCAGAGGCCGAUGUUGCAGCGCAGGCAACUAAGGGAGGCGGCGGCUCCCAUUGCGCUCACAGUGUUCCUCCUGCUCAUUGGAGUUUCUUGGGCGCGACACUUCGAUGAAGAUUGCAUCGUUUUACAUGAGAAGGAAAUGCACGUCCCAGGGUCAUCCCUAAACAUCACUUCUUGGAAUGACUCACCUGGGAAGCAAGAGUUCCUGGCUUUGUUUUUGUAUUUCCAUGGAAAAGAAUUCCCUAAAACUUAUAGUAUUCUUUAUAUUUUCCCAUCAAGCAUUCGGCUCGUAGAUUUCUACAAUGGUGAAGUAAGCACGACUAAUUUUGUAAUAAAUCCUUCAUUACCAAAUGGAUGGGUGGAUCUACAUCUGAAGUUCGAGAAGAUGCUAGAAGUGUGGAUUGCUGGAUUUCCAGGCCCACUGGUUAGGGUACCAAACGGUUUUCAUGUCGAGAAGGUGAAAGCCAAAGGGAGCAACACGACGGUUAAUUGCCAUGACGAUUUGGUCGCAUGGCGUGUUAACCAUAUACGGCAGGUCAUCCCAGUGGCAGGUGUCGGCUCAUAUCGCCUUACCAUGUAUUCUGGUUUGCCUUUCACUCCAAAGUUCAUUUCUGCCGAAGGGGAGUUACCGGUCGGUUUGGAAGAGAAUGACUAUGGAGCUGGACAGGGAGUGCUUCCCCUGCCUCCCUAUAAGGAUCAUAAUUUCACACUGGAGUGCAAUCACUCCGAUUCGAAAGUAAACAGUUGCUAUUUGCAAGCACCUGACAGUGACGUAAUAGGUCCGCUUGUGUGCAGCAAUAUCAGUUGCUCCCUCACAGUGUCAACAGAACGUGGAUAUUUCUUCCUUUUACUGAUUCGAAAGACCGUCACCAAUGCUGAAGGUGAGCAAAGACAUUUAUUAACUAACUUGGACUCUCACAGAGAGGAAGAGGUGUGAGAGAUCUGUCAGGGAGGAUGUGCACCGUAAUCAUUAGCCUGCCAGCACUCUGCCGCGAUGGUCCAGUGGAUAGAAAAAUGGCCUCCGACCUUCGUGGUCCCGGGUUCAAUUCCCUGCCACAGCAGUUGUAAAAAAGGCCCGCGCUCUGACUACUUGCUCGAGCCUGAUCUCACGGCGAGAAAACG